GGAACCUGAGGGAAAGAGGAAGUUCUGCUGGAAACGUCCUGUAAAGAGGCUCUGAUGUCCGGACAGCGGGAGGGAGAGCCCCGGCAUGAGGAGCAGAUGACUGUACUGGGAGCACAGAGGAACACCUGAUGCCUACAUAUGAUGCAGAUGAUUUGGUUGUUGCACCAGCUACAUAUAAAAAACGUGGCAUUCUCCCAGUUGUACCCUCAGACCUUCAAAUCAAAAAUCUGCCACCUGAUCCUUUAAAAAAGACUGUUAUGCAGAAUGCAAACCACAGAAGUGGUGCUGGAUCCCAAAGAGCUCAGAAAGGGAAGAAGUCUUAUUCAUGUUCAGAGUGUGGCAAAUGUUUUACUCUGAAAUCAAAUCUUGAUAUCCAUCAGAGAAUUCACACAGGGGAGAAGCCGUAUUCAUGUUCAGAAUGUGGUAAAUGUUUUGCUAACAAAUCAAUUUUUGAUGACCAUCAGAGAGUUCACACAGAGGAGAAGCCGUUUUCAUGUCCAGAAUGUAGAAAUUGUUUUGCUAGGAAAACUCAGCUUGCUAAUCAUUUAAAAAAUCACAUGAGGGAGCAGCCAUUUUCCUGCCCAGAAUGUGGAAAAUGUUUUGCUCAUAAAUCAGUUCUUAAGGUUCAUCAGGUUAUUCACACAGGAGAGAAGCUAUUUUCAUGUUCAGAAUGUGGGAAAGGUUUUACUCAGAAAGCAUCUCUUUAUAAACAUAAGAAAAGUCACACAGGAGAGAAGCCAUAUUCAUGCCCAGAAUGUGGGAAAUGUUUUACUCAGAAAGCAUCUCUUUAUAAACAUAAGAAAAGUCACACAGGAGAGAAGCCAUAUUCAUGUUCAGAAUGUGGGGAUUGGUUUAGCCAGAAAGUACAUCUUCAGAGACAUCAGAAAAUUCACACAGGGGAGAAGCCAUACCAUUGUUCAGAAUGUGAAAAAUGUUUUGCUAAUAAAGUAUAUCUUCUUCAACAUCUAACAUGUCAUACAGGAGAGAAGCCAUAUUCAUGUUCAGAAUGUGGGGAUUGGUUUAGCCAGAAAGUACAUCUUCAGAGACAUCAGAAAAUUCACACAGGGGAGAAGCCAUACCAUUGUUCAGAAUGUGAAAAAUGUUUUGCUAAUAAAGUAUAUCUUCUUCAACAUCUAACAUGUCAUACAGGAGAGAAGCCAUAUUCAUGUGCAGAAUGUGGAAAAUGUUUUACUCGGAAAGCAAAUCUUGUUAUGCAUCAGAGAAUUCACACAGGGGAGAAGCCAUUUUUAUGCCCAGAAUGUGGGAAAUGUUUUACUCAGAAAACAAAUCUUGUUAGUCAUCAGAGAAUUCACACAGGGGAGAAGUCAUAUUCCUGUCCAGAAUGUGGUAAAUGUUUUGCUCUGAAAAAUCACCUUGUUGAGCAUUUAAAAACUCACACAGGAGAGAAGCCAUUUUCAUGCCCAGAAUGUGGGAAAUGUUUUACUCGAAAACCAAAUCUUGUUACGCAUCUGAAAUCUCACACAGAGGAAAAGUGAUAUUCAUGCCCAGAACGUGUUUUACAAAAAAAAAAUCUAAAUUUGAGAAUCAUUAAGGAAGUCACACAAAAUUUUCAGAAUGUGGAAACUGUUUUAUUCAGAAAUAAGCCUUUGUUCAAUAUUAGAGAAUUCAUACAGGGCAGAAGAAGUUCUAACCCCUUUCCAACAUCCUCCAUACAUGUACCGUGGAUGUUGGGAAUUUAAAGAUGGUGCCCACUCAAGAGUUAAGUGAGUGCAAUAGGUGAAGCAGCAGAUGUCUGCUGGCAGCAUCCAUGAUUGGAGUUAGCCACAUGAAGUAUAGUGAAUAAAAGAUAUAACAGAGAAUGGAUUGUAGUUCAUGGUCUUUACCAUAGCUACCAUAAAUAAACCAUUAGAGAGAUUGCUUACAUGAUAAGGCUACAUGCACACAAACAUAUUUUGUUUCUGUGUCCGUUCCGUUUUUUUUUGGGGAGGGGGGGCUUUGCGGAUAGUAUGCGGACCCAUUC